GCAAUGACCCCUUUGUUAUAUUACUCACUCAUUUCCCUUACUUUCAUUUUAACCAUGAAUUUUUUACUCCAAAAAAUAAAUUCAAAAAACCUACCACCAAGUCCAUUAAUAACUCUUCCCAUAAUAGGAAACCUUCACAACAUAAACCUCCCACUUCACCGUUCGCUUCACAACCUUUCACAAAAAUACGGCGACGUCUUCACCCUAUGGUUUGGUUCACGUCGUGUUGUUGUCAUCUCCUCUCAAACCCUAUUUCAACAAUGUUUAACCAAACAUGACGUUGCUUUAUCAAACCGGCCCCACUUCCUCACUGGAAAACAUUUCUUCUACAAUUACACUAGCUUAGACUCUGUCGCAUAUGGUGACCACUCGCGUAAUCUUCGUCGAGUCAUCACCGUUGAUGUCCUCUCAACACAACGUCUCAACUCCUUAGUAGAAACGCGAAGAAAAGAGGCGUUGAAGCUUAUAACAAAACUAGCUAAGGAUACGUGUGAGGAAUUCACACGUGUCGAGCUGAGGACUAGGUUAAGAAAUAUGACGUUUGAGAUUAUGACGAGAAUGGUCGCUGGUGAAGCUACGGAAGGGAAAAAGUUUAAAAAUUUAAUAAAUGAAAUGAUGCCGUUGCUCGGGGCAAGUAAUAAGGGAGAUUUUGUGCCUUUAAUUAGGUUGUUUGAUUUUAAUGGUGUGGUUAAGAGGAUGAAGGAUAUUGGCAAGAGAGGUGAUUUGUUUGUGCAAGGAAUUGUUGAUGAGAUUAGAAGUGGGAAGCAUGGACAUGGUAAUAACAUGGUGCAACAUCUUUUGACUCUACAAAAAUCUCAACCUGAGCAGUACUCUGAUGUGAUUAUCAAAGGGCUUAUUCAGGGUAUGUUUCUUGGUGGAACUGACACAUCAGCUGUAACUCUAGAGUGGGCAAUAUCUACUUUAUUAAAUAACCCACAUAUAUUGAAGAAAGCAAAAGAUGAAAUAGAUACUCAAAUAGGAUAUGAUCGAUUGAUAGAUGAAUCCGACAUUCCAAAUCUUCCAUACAUUCAAAAUAUUAUCUACGAGACACUUCGAUUGUACUCUCCUGCUCCGUUACUAUUGCCUCGUUUUACUUCAAACAAGUGCAAUUUCGAAGGAUUUACUAUUCCAAGUGACACCAUAGUGUUGAUUAAUGCAUGGGCCAUUCAAAGAGAUCCCAAAAUUUGGAAUGAUGCUUCAUGUUUUAAGCCAGAGAGAUUUGAAAAAGAAGGGGAAGCAAAAAAGUUAAUUGCAUUUGGUUUUGGAAGAAGGAUUUGUCCUGGAAUGGGUUUGGCAUAUCGCACAAUGGGCUCGACUUUGGGAUUAUUGAUUCAAUGUUUUGAAUGGAAACGAAUAUCUCAUGAAGAAGUGGAUAUGACAGAAUGCAAAACAGGGCUUGUGAGUGAAAAGCUUAAUCCAUUAGAAACAAUGUGUAAGGCACGACCAAUCAUCAAGAAAAUUAUCCAAGAAUUAAAUAUCUAG